GAAAAAGUGUUUAAAUAGAAGGAGAAGAAGUAGAUUCAGUGAUUAGCUGCUAACGUAGAGAAGGAGCCUCAGGGAGCAGAGUUUUAAUGCACAGCAGGAAGUUCAGUUCUCACUUUAAUCUCUGAUCAUUAUAUUCAUGUCAUCACAUAUGAACAGUUUACUUCUCACUGGUGUACUGCAUGUUUUUCCUCUUCAUGGUUUGAAUGGGCAGUUGUGGUUGCAGGUAUGUUUUCAUUUGCAUUUCCCUGUACCUGCUGAUUGCAUUCAACAUUUAAUCUAACAUUACACAGAAGAGUCACAGAUGUAAAGCCACGGAGCACAGAAAACACGCAAUGACAAUGUAAUGCUGCUUCACACCUCUGAGACAAAGUGAUGUAUUAGAGUCAGUGUGGCACCUUGAGGUAAUUUCACUCUAUCCCCUCUUUUCACUUUCUUUCAAUCAAAUGUGCAUGAACAUUAAUAAAGUUGUUAGAAGCCAUGGUCCAAGCCAAGACGUGGGUCCUGACCAAACACUUCGAUGGCUUCCCGAAGGACAGCGACUUCCAGCUGAAGACGGAGGAGCUGCCCGAGCCCAAGGAUGGAGAGGUGCUUCUGGAGGCCGUGUUUCUCAGCGUCGACCCGUACAUGAGGCCGUUCAGUCGGGUUCGCAUGAAGGAGGGCGAGGUGAUGAUUGGAACUCAAGUGGCCAAAGUGAUCCAAAGUAGAAACCCAGCGUUUCCCGUGGGGAGCCAUGUGGUUGGGCGCUGUGGCUGGAGAACCCACACGCUCAGCGACGGCACGGGCCUCGUUCCCAUCAUGCCCGAGUGGCCUCAAGACGUCUCGUUGUCUCUGGCUCUGGGCACCAUCGGCAUGCCAGGGCUCACGGCGCUGUAUGGCAUCGAGGAGGUGUUGGGACUCCAGAAAGGCGAGACGCUGCUGGUGAACGCAGCAGCCGGCGCCGUGGGCUCCGUGGUGGGCCAGAUCGCCAAGAUCAAGGGCUGCAGGGUGGUGGGCUCGACUGGCUCUGACGCCAAGGUGGCCUUCCUCAAAGAGCUGGGCUUCGACGAGGCCUUCAACUACAAGACCGUGGGCUCCCUGGAGGAGGCGCUGAAGAGAGCGGCUCCGGAGGGAUAUGACUGCAUGUUUGAAAACGUGGGAGGCUCCUUUUCAAGCGUGGCCCUGCACCAGAUGAAGAACUUCGGAAGGAUCGCAGUGUGUGGGAGUAUUUCUGUGUACAAUGACUCCACACCUCAGGAGGGUCCGUACCCACAUCUCACCAUGAUCUUCAAGCAGAUAAAGAUGGAGGGCUUCAUGCAGUCCAGGUGGGAGCAUAAAAACCCAGAAUCCCUCAAGAGGCUGGUGGGAUGGUUGAAGGAGGGCAAAAUUCAGAGUCGGGAGCAUGUGACAAAAGGCUUUGAGAAGAUGCCAGCUGCUUUCAUGGGGAUGCUGCAGGGAGACAACAUCGGAAAGGCCGUCAUCGCAGUCUGAACACGGGGUCGAGAACAGCAUCUGCAAAAAUAACUCUUAUCUACAUUUAAACAUGAAGGAUGAGCAAUACACAGGCACAAGGAACAAGAGGCUGACCCAUCAGAUGAAGCUGAUAAUAGAGUUUCUGAUAUGAAUAUAUCAGCUGAUACAUACAGGAUAAGAGAGGAAAACGUUAGGCUUGAUAUAUUUACAGUUUAUAACUAAAUUAAAUCUGCAAAUGUAAAUGCAGAUUUGUCUUAAAGACUCAUAUCCGUAGCCACCACCAUAAAGCAUUAUAGAUAAAGACACUUGAUAUUGAUACUUUUUAAAAACAUAAGUUGCAUUUACUUCUAGUUUAUUCAUUUUAAAGGUUUUCACAGCGGACAACGAUCCCCAUGUUUGAGUGAAUGUAAGUAGGGAGAGACCAGACAGCUGAUGGAAGAUACACAGGAUGGUUGUUCCUAGAUGAUCUGUGUGGAUCUGCUGCUAAAACUUCACGUACUGUUACAUAAUCAACCAGGUGCUUUCUAUUAAAUAAGCAAUUAUUAAGGCAAUAAACUUUUUUUGAAUUAUC